AGCGUGCCCCGCGCGGAGCCCGCGCUCCUGCUCUGCUCGCGCUCUCUCGCUCGCGCUCCCCGGGGUCUCCUCAGCGCGGCGGCGGCGUCGGGGGGGGCGGCAGCGGCGGGCGCGGGGGCGGCUCCGACCAUGUCGGGCGAGGAGGAGGCGGCCGAGCUGACCAUCGCCGAGGACCUGGUGGUCACCAAGUACAAGAUGGGGGGGGACAUCGCCAACCGGGUCCUGCGUGCCGUGGUCGAAGAGGCGAACUCGGGAGCAUCGGUUCUGUGCUUGUGUGAGAAGGGAGAUGCCAUGAUCAUGGAGGAGACGGGCAAGAUUUUCAAGAAGGAAAAAGAAAUGAAAAAAGGUAUUGCCUUCCCAACGAGUAUAUCAGUAAAUAACUGUGUCUGUCACUUCUCCCCCUUGAAGAGUGACCAAGACUACAUCCUCAAAGAUGGAGACUUGGUCAAAAUUGACUUGGGAGUCCACGUCGAUGGCUUCAUAGCGAAUGUAGCACACAGUUUUGUCAUAAAUGCCUCAAAGGAAAAGCCUGUGUCAGGCCGUAAAGCUGAUGUCAUCAAGGCAGCUCAUCUCUGUGCUGAGGCCGCGCUGCGUUUGGUAAAGCCUGGAAACCAGAAUACACAAGUGACAGACGCGUGGAACAAAAUAGCCCACUCGUUUCACUGCACACCCAUUGAAGGGAUGCUGUCACACCAGCUGAAGCAGCACGUGAUCGAUGGGGAGAAAACAAUCAUCCAGAACCCUACAGACCAGCAAAAGAAGGACCAUGAAAAAGCAGAAUUUGAGGUUCACGAAGUUUAUGCUGUUGAUGUUCUUGUCAGCAGUGGAGAGGGAAAGGCAAAGGAUGCUGGGCAGAGAACUACAAUUUACAAAAGGGACCCCUCCAAACAGUACGGUUUGAAGAUGAAAACCUCCCGUGCCUUUUUCAGCGAGGUGGAGAGGCGCUUUGAUACUAUGCCAUUUACUCUCAGGGCGUUUGAAGAUGAGAAGAAGGCCAGGAUGGGGGUGGUGGAAUGCGCCAAACAUGAGCUGCUCCAGCCCUUCAACGUCCUCUACGAAAAGGAAGGAGAGUUUGUUGCACAGUUCAAAUUCACAGUGCUUUUAAUGCCUAAUGGUCCUAUGAGGAUAACCAGCGGCCCCUUCGAACCUGAGCUCUACAAGUCGGAGUUUGAGGUGCAAGAUGGAGAGCUGAAGGCCCUUCUACAAAGUUCUGCAAGCCGGAAGACCCAGAAAAAGAAGAAAAAGAAGGCCUCCAAGAAUGCAGAGAAUGCCACCACGGGAGAGACGGCGGAAGAGAACGAGGCUGGUGACUGAGCAGCUCCUGCUCCUUCAUAGCACCCAGUUCUCACACAUACACACACACACACACACACCCCUUCCCCCCCCCCCUCCCCCUCCCAAAAAAGAACCAGAAACAAAAUCUAGCACUGUUUGUCUCAAACAGCAAACAGCCUGGAUGUCCCACUGACAACAACCAGCUCCUCUUGAUUUUUGCCAAUGAGGGAGGAUUCUCUCUGCCACUUCAGACUACUUCAAAAAGAGAGCAGAAAAAAAAAAGAAAAUAAAAUCAGGAGUAAAAGCUAGUCUAUAUCUUUCUAACCUUUUAUACUACUCAUACUUGUUAAAAGAGGUGAACAACUAAGCCAUCCCCGAUGAGAGAGGGAGCGUGGAGAGCUGCCUGCUUUCUUCUUCCACCUCUUUUUUUUGGUUGUUUUUAAUUUUAUCCCUUUUGCAGAUUUUCUUGGAGGAAAACAAAAAACAAAAUAGCUGAUAAUGCCCUCAGAAAAGCGACCUGUGUUUGGGAUCUGCCUGCAGAGCUGCCGGCCGUGCAGGAUCUCUGCCCGUUACCUCGAGGCAGAGCGUUUCUCACUCUUUUAGCCUUCAGAUUGUACGUUUCUAAUUGGGGGGAAAAAAAAGAAACCAACCUGAAUUUGAUGUCCCUGGUGAGACUGUAGACUGUCCCAUCCGCUGCGCCCUGUCUCUGCCUUGGUUUACCUAUAAACACUCUAUUUUUAAAUAGAUUGCUGUGGUGAGCUUGUUUUGAAAUGGGGAAGCAGGCAGUGCCCAGUGCUGCACGGAGGGGCGGGCAGCUGCUCCGUGCUGUGCUGCUGGGCUCCCUUCUUCAUGAUGAUGAUGAUGAUGAUGAUGAUGAUGAUGAUGCAGUCGGUGGGUGCAGGCUGAGAGCAAGCCGGGGCUGCCAACUCUUCUACAGCAAGCUUUUUUAAAGGGGGAAACAAACCCACCGACAGACGUUGGGUUUCACGUGUUGGGAUGCAGAGGGCUUUCCUUCGCUGGUGGUGCCCAACCGGCCACGCGUGGGGCUGAGUGCUGAAGGUCCCGCAUGCGUUGCUCUGCAGGCAGUGCCCUGUGCUGCACCUGACAGCAGCCCCCGUUGGGAUGAAUGGCACAACGCAGAGCUUUCGGUCCCACCGCCCCCACCUCCGCUGCCCCCCCUGGGGAACCCUUGGGUGUUUUUAAGCAAUAUUGUGUCCAUGCGGAGCUCCUCCUUCCUCCUCACCCCGCGGAUUUCUAAACCACUAAGACUUGCUGGAGGUGUAUUUAAUUUUCUAUUUUUACGUACGUUAUUGUACCUCUUGAUACAAGGAACGGAAAACCCACUUGUUUUAAGAUUUUGAAAAGCAAAUGCUCCCGAGAAGAUCUCUGUAACCGACUCUGUUUUCCAAAUAAAGCUGACUCGUGGCAUCUCUUUGCACGGA